AAAAAAAAAAAAACUCAAAAAAUAUGCAUCAUCAUUCACACAGCGCCCCAUUUAAAGUAUCGCAAGUAUAUCGCCUCCUCUAUACAUAUGCGAAACGUGUACAUAAUCAAGCUGUCUCUAUCAUCAACCACUGCAACUGCUCUCUGCAUCAGCUCAGUAUCAGCCUCACGCUUCAUCAACAAACAAAACCACCAACAGUCCAUCAAUCAAUCAAUCAAUCAACCAAUCAAUCAACCAACAAGCAAAUUGAACACAAUAAAAAGUUGCAUACCACACACUAAUUCGCCCGGCAGCUACGCCUCCAACUCCAGCCAAACGCCGCCGCCAACCAGCUCGGCGGCGCAUUCACUGAUCCGGGACUAUUGGUAUGAGCUGAAGUUUUCGGAUUUAUUCAAGUUCAUAAAUCCGGAUGGACGCUAUCAGUGCCCCAGAUUCAAUUGCCUGAAGAGCUACAAGGACGCCAGCUCAUUGCAACGACAUAUCAGAUAUGAAUGUGGUGGACAGAAAAAAUUUCGCUGUCUGAUGUGCGGCAAAGCAUUUUCACAAAGCUCCCACCUAAAGCGGCACCUUGAGUCCGGUGUCUGUGUCAAAUAUUACUUAUGAGAUAAUGUAUUCUUUAAAAUCAAAUAGAAUAAGCGUUAUCCGCAUAGGCAAAGUGCAACAUUUUGUUGAGCAAAACCAAAAACAAAACCGUAAAUUCAAAAAUAA